AGUCCCAUCCCAGCCCUGUGCUUACAUGUCGUAGGCACAGCCUGUGGCCCCUCUGCGGGGGCUUCUGUGGAUCCUUGUGCAAUCGUGCAGGGGCUGAGGAGCCCAGAGAAAGGACUCAGUCCCCACAUCGCAUCCCCUUUCCUCGUGGUUUUGGGGAUAUUGAGAGCUCAGGCACCCUGUGGGCCACUCUAAGAUCUGGUGACACAGGGACCCCGCGCCUGGGGUGAGGAGUGGGAAAACAGUAUGUACGUGAUGACACGCAGACCCAUGAGGGACUACACACACAGACCCUCAGAAGCCCGGAGAAGUCCACGCAGACCCAUGAGGGACUACACACACAGGCCCUCAGAAGCCCGGAGAAGUCCACGCAGACCCAUGAGGAACUACACACACAGACCCUCAGAAGCCCGGAUAAAUCCAUGCAGACCCAUGAUGGACUACACACACAGACCCAUGAGGGACUACACACACAGGCCCUCAGAAGCCCGGAUAAAUCCACGCAGACCCAUGAGGGACUACACACACAGACCCUCAGAAGCCCGGAUAAGUCCACGCAGACCCAUGAGGGACUACACACACAGACCCUCAGAAGCCCGGAGAAGUCCACGCAGACCCAUGAGGGACUACACACACAGACCCUCAGAAGCCCGGAGAAGUCCACGCAGACCCAUGAGGGACUACACACACAGACCCUCAGAAGCCUGGAGAAGUCCACGCAGACCCAUGAGGGACUACACACACAGACCCUCAGAAGCCCGGAUAAGUCCAUGCAGACCCAUGAUGGACUACACACACAGACCCUCAGAAGCCCGGAGAAGUCCAUGCAGACCCAUGAGGGACUACACACACAGACCUUCAGAAGCCCAGGUGCAAGAGGGCCGAGCCUGCCCUUCGGUCCUGGAACUGCCCACCGUGCUGCUGCAGAUGGAGCGGAGCCGGCGGGCCCAGGAGCAGCUCCUGUGGGAUUUGGAGCUGCUGACCGGGGCAGGGCUGGGCCUCUUCUGGCCACCCUGGGCCCAGUUCUGUGGUCUGAGGGCCCAGGUCCAGCACGCACAGAACCAGCACAGCAAGCCCUACAGCAGGACCGAUGACAACGCUGAGCGGCUGUCGAGUGGGAAUUCCAGGCUGUGCCCACCGCCCCAGACUGAGGACUCCCUGAGCCAGAACCAUCAGCUCCUGGAGGGGGGGCGGGCAGCGGACCCGCCAUCAGCCCCGGAUCUGAAUGAAGCCAGCCUGGAUGCAGACCCAAGGCAGGAGAGCCCUGGCUUGCCUGAGGAAGGGCCCACAUCUGGUUGCUUCCAAGAGCUGAACGCUACCACCAGCAGUAGCCCUGGAGAACCAGGAAACUCAGAGUUCAAGGACCUGGCCCAGAAGCCAGAGGGGAGCCAAGCAGAGCCCACGCCCCAGAGGCCCAAUCAACUAUCAUCCAGAAGCCUACAGGAGAAAAAGCUGGCUCAGGGAGCCCCAGGACCCCCAGGGCUCCCCUCCCCGGGCCUGCCAGAACCCCAAGAUCCCCUGGAGGGGCUGGGCUGGAGCUUGGGCCAGGAGAGAGCAGAACAGAAGAAACUGCUAAGGAUUGAGAUUCCUCACAGUCAGAGAGAGGGGGACCCUCAGGGUCAGGGUAAGAGAGAGAAGACAAACCAGUGUCCGAGUGGGGAGGCCACUCAGGCUCUGAUGGAAGAGGUGUCUCAAGGUCAAAGGUGUGAGGGCCUCCAGGGUGAGCACAGAGGGGCGCCUCAAGGUCAAAGCCAAAGUCGCCUCAAAUGCGGGAGAAAGGAGGCCCUCCCAGAGCCGAGUGCAGAUUCUCCCCGGGGUUCGGAAGAGAAGAUCGUCCAGUCUCCCGAGGGCAGAGACUGUAUCCCACCUGCCUGGGAAGAAGCUCGGGGAGAGGGGCCCCGGGAGAAAGGCGGCUCCCCGGGGGACUUCUGCAGGUCCCUGGGGGAACGGAUGGGGCAGCCUGGGGGAAGGGCGGGCACAGGGCCCCAGGGAAGGCCCACCCAGCUGAUGCAGGUUAAGACCGAUGGCCUGAGAGGAAACAGCGCACCGGCCCUGGGAGCGCAGGGGCCCCUCCGGGGAGGGUUGCGGGCUCCGCUUCCGCUCGCUGGGCCCCCGACUCGGCCACUGCUCCCAGGCCCAGGAGCGGUGAUGCUAGCGGCCCCAUGCACUGCGGGCUCCAGGCAGCGGGAACGGCCCGCUGCUCUCCCAGGGCACCUGGGCCCGCUGCGCGAUCCACACUCGCUUCAAGGCCCAGGAGGAAGCCCUGGCCCCGCGGAGCAGGAGCUGGGCGGCUCCACGGGGCUUCCGGGCGCCUUCGGGAGACCGAGGGGUGCUGCGGAGGCCCCCAGAACCUCGAAGACCGCCUGGCCCGAGCCCCUGAGCAGAGACCGGGCGUCGGCGAGCGUGAGCGCCGCGCAGCAGGCGUCGGCUCUGCAGCGGCUGCUGGAGCUGAACCGCGAGGCCAGGCGCCGGCGGCAGCGGGACCGCGAGCAGCAGCGGCUCCGGGUGCGCGGCCGGGCCAGGCGGGCGGGGCCCAGAGGGGCGGCCUAUGGGCCACUGACAGUCGACUCCUUCAGGUCCUGGAGCGCCUCCGCAUCGCCAGGAACCGCCACUGCCGGGUGCACCCCCUGGAACCCCCACCGAGCCCAGCUCAGCUCCCACCACAGGAGGACGCGGCAGGGCGACGACGCGCCCUGCGGGAACAGCUGGAGCAAACGCACCGGGAAAGGACCGGGCGGCUGCGAGCCCUCGGGGCCAGGAACACCCAGAACUUCCAGCAGCUACUGUGGCCCCCCGGCGCCGCGGAACCUGACGAGCAUCGCUCACCCUUCUGAGGCCCCUCUAAGUCUCUGAUGAAUCCUCAAGGAGAUGAUUAAAGAGACGGGGGGUUAAGGGAAAAGCAA